AUGGGAUCUGGUAGUUCUGUAAAUGCCAACUACAAGUACUCUCUGCAGAAGUCUGAAAAUGCUUUCAAGGCAGCCGUCUUGAUCCAACGCUGGUAUCGGCGCUACGUUGCUCGGCUGGAAAUGCGCCGGCGUUGCACUUGGAGAAUCUUUCAAUCCAUUGAGUAUGCUUGUGAGCAGGAUCAGAUCAAGCUUCACAACUUCUUCAGUUACCUCAUGGACCACUUCACGCCAAGCAGCAGUAAAGAGAGGGAUUUUAUCAGUCGCAUGUUCAUAAGUGGGGAAAGCUUCAAAGAGGCAGAGCUGGAAAAAUACUGUGACUAUGAAUCCGUGGAGGUGCCAGACUCCUACACUGGACCCCGUCUCUCUUUCCCACUCCUUCCUGAUCAUGCAACUGCCUUGCUGGAAGCUUUUAAACAGAAACAACAGCUCCACGCUCGCUAUGUCUUAAAUCUUCUGCAUGAGACGAGGAAGCACCUCAAGCAGUUGCCAAACAUCAGUCAUGUCUCCACCUGCUAUAGCGAGGAGGUCACCGUGUGUGGAGACUUGCACGGCCAGCUGGAUGACUUGUUCCUCAUAUUUUAUAAGAAUGGCCUUCCUUCCCCUUCCAAGUCCUACGUGUUCAAUGGGGACUUUGUAGACAGAGGCAAACAGUCUCUCGAGAUCCUCAUUGUCCUCUUUACCUUCCUCUUGAUCUAUCCAAAGGAGGUUCAUCUCAACCGUGGGAAUCAUGAAGACCACAUGGUCAACUUACGGUAGGGGUUCUGUGCGGGACUGAUCGCAAUGUCAGGGGUGUUGCUGCGAAAUCCCACUGAACUUCUUUUCUCCUGUUUCUUCAGCUACGGUUUCACCAAGGAAGUAAUGCAGAAAUACAAGGUGCAUGGGAAGAAAAUCUUGAAGAUGAUUCAGAAUGUUUUCUGCUGGCUGCCCCUGGCCACCCUGAUUGAUCAGAAAGUCCUCGUUAUACACGGGGGCAUCUCUGACACCACUGACCUGGACAUGCUUGAGAAAAUUCAAAGGAAUAAAUUUAUUUCUGUAUUAAGAGGGAAGAAAAGAAAGGAGUCAAAUAUAAAUGUGGAAAUACAGGAAAUAAACGGGGAGAACAAAGUAGAGGCUGACCCGGCAAGGAACGAGGUAGCCCCCAGUUUAUCUCCACAGUCCCGGCCAGCCCAGGCUCCCAGCAUGGCCAACAGGCUGGAGUUCUCCAGGUGGGUCCGGCAGACGGUGCAAGAGCAAAUCGAGUGGUGCCGCCGGCUGGUGGACAUCAGCGAGUCAGAGGAGGAGGAGCUCACCUAUUCCAGCGUGGUCUCCUUGACGGAUCUGGACGGGCCGUGCUGGACUCGCCAGGAGGAGUGGAAGCAGAUUUUAGACAUUCUCUGGAGUGACCCUGUGCCCCAGGAGGGCUGCAGAGUAAACACGGUGCGAGGUGGUGGCUGCUACUUCGGGCCUGACGUGACAGGGAAGAUCCUUGAGAAGUACAGCUUGCAGUUCCUCAUCCGCUCCCACGAGUGCAAGCAAGAGGGCUACGAGUUCUGUCACAAUCGGAAGGUGCUGACCAUAUUUUCAGCCUCAAACUACUAUGAGAUUGGCAGCAACAGGGGAGCCUAUGUGAAGCUGGGGCCGGACCUCGUCCCCCAUUUUGUUCAGUACCAAGCGAACAAGACAGCCCAUACUCUCACUAUGACCCAAAGAAUCAGCAGAGUAGAGGAGUCGGCCUUUCGAGCCUUGCGGGAAAAGCUCUUUGCUCACACCUCAGCCCUCAUCAGCGCGUUCAAGGCCUACGAUAUGGAUAAUACGGGAAGGAUCACACUGAGCAACUGGGCGACAGCAGUGGAGUCAGUCUUGCACCUGGGCUUGCCCUGGCGAAUGCUGAGACCGCAGCUGGUGCGCAGCACGGUGGACGGCAUGCUGGAGUACAAGUCCUGGCUCGAUGACUUGGCCAUGGAGCAGCGGAGCCAAGAGCACAUCCAGUCGAGCUUGCUGGAAGUCAUUUAUCGAAACAGAUCCAAUUUGGAGACCAUAUUCAGGAUCAUAGACAGAGAUCAUUCAGGUCUCAUCUCAUUUGAGGAAUUCCACCAAACCUGGAAGCUGUUCAGCUCCCACAUGAACAUUGAACUCACGGAUGACGGGAUCAAUGACUUAGUUCGUAGCAUUGAUUUCAAUAAGGAUGGAAACAUCGACUUCAAUGAGUUCCUAGAAGCCUUCCGCCUUGUCAAACAGUCACAGUAG